AAGCUAGGAAAGAAGAGCAAAGAAAACUGAAGCAUGAAUAAUUAAAAAAAAAAAAUUAAAUUAAGAGCAAAAAAUAGCAGAAAGGGCAAGCAUCUGAUUAUAUUAAGCAAAGAAAAUAAAGUUUUGUUUUUAAUUCCAAAACCACGCAUGAUUAUGGCGUGAAAUUGACGUCAUAGGCGUGGACUGGAUUUCUGAGGAGGACUACAAGACAUCUACAUUACUGCAUUGCCUUAGCCUAUAAGGAUGUCAGGUGAUGAAUGAAAGACUCGAACCCGAGGACUCGAAUCUUUUCUGUUUCCUGCGUUGCCAUACGGGGCUUUCACGUGAUGAACAAACUGAUUCGAACCGAAGGCGCGGGAGAUGAAUCAUUCUGUUGGGUAUACAGAAGACAGCAAGGCAUAGCUUAGUUUAGGAUGUUACGUGACAAAAGAACGAACAAAUUCGACCCAAAAAUCCGGAGGUGAGGUGAUGAAGUAAUAGACUGCAUAGCCUCAAGACACAGAUUUUUCAGGUCUGUUUAUCUGCAUCAUUUUGGACUGAGAACAUGAAAAGGUUGCUGUUACUGUUAAUAAUACUUUACGGCAUCCUGUUCAGCAACACCUGGGCAUGGGAAGUUAAAAUGCCUCCAAGCAUUCAUGGCCUACACAAAUCCUGCCUUGUUAUACCAUGUACAUUCUCCUAUUCAUACUAUCCACCUUAUAACCCAUAUCGGAUAGUGUGGUAUCAGUAUGUUAGUCGUGGAUAUCCUCUAGUUUUUGAUGCUUGGUACCCUGCUUCAGUGAUUGAUAAGUACAGAGGAAAAACCAGCUUAUAUAGAAAAGAAUACAGGGACUGCAGUCUAUUGAUUGACCACCUUUCUCCUCACCAUAAUGGAGACAGAAUAUAUACUUGGAUAGACCCUGAAAAUAUUGGAUCGGGAACUUUUGCAUUCUAUGAUGUUUCUACUUUAAUUCACAUUGAUUCAUAUCCACAAAAGCCCAUUGUUGACAUUUAUGGAGGAAAUAGAAUUGGGGACAGCAUAACAGUUCGGUGCAAAGCAUAUCACACUUGUCCUCACGACCCCCCCUCUCUAAGCCUGAGUGGGAUAGAAAAAAAAUCAGACGACUUGAAAUACAAUGACUAUCAUAAUGGCAAUUGGGAAGUCACACUAACACGUGUUGGGGUCAUUCGGGCUGAAAGACAGGACAUUGAGUGUUCUGUUAGACACAGGGGUGGCCAAUAUGCGUCCACUACAAAAACACAUUCUGCCGAGUGUUCCAUUUAUCCUCUCGAGAUUACUCCUAAGUCAAACACAGAGUUUCUGGAGGGUGUGGUACAAGACAUUACUUGUUCAGUUCCAUACAAGUGCUCCCGUGAUAAACCUAACAUUGUUUGGAAUAAUGGACUGUUAAAUGGAAUCCAAAGUUAUAGAGAAAAUCAGUACGCAACAUCCGAAGCUAAAUCCACUUUAAAGUUCACAGCAAAGGGCGAUGAUAAUGGCAAGACCAUUACCUGCCAAAGUAUAUUUAAAGGAACUUCUCAAAGCAAGACAAUUACUUUAAAAGUUAAGAAGUCAAUGGGCUCACUUGACUGGAGUUUCACAAUGCCCAGUGCAAUCACUGGCAUCCGAGGUUCCUGUGUGGUCAUUCCCUGCAAUUAUGAAUUCAAAAACUCCCAGCGUAGUGCCACCAUCGUGAGGUGGUAUAAAGUCUCCUCUUCAGGAUACUCUCUAGUGUAUGACACAUCAUCAAGCAAUAUCGAUGCAGAGUUCAAAGGAAAGACCAGUUUGUUUGGCUCCUCAAAUGAAAAGCACUGCAGCUUAAAGAUCCAGCCACUUGGGCUGCAACAUCAGGAAAGACUGUUUCCCUGGAUGGACCAAACACUUACUGAAAACUACCACCGACAAAAUUUUAAGGAUGUAACUAUUGCCCUUGAUGUGACAGAUUUUGUUGAGAAACCAAAAGCAGAACUUCUUGGCAUAGCUAAAGUUGGCGAGCCAGUAACCCUGUCCUGCAGUGUGAUACACACCUGUCCUACAGAACCACCAACGCUGAGCCUAAGUAUUUCACGUGGGUCUUCAAAUGUUAUGAAUACACCUCUAUAUCAUGGAAAAUGGAAGACAACCAAAGAGUUUAAAUGGACGGUUGAAGAAAAUGAUAAUUCUGUUACUUGUACUGUGACUUAUGUGGGUGGACAGACAUCAAAGACUGAAAUCAGUCUUAAUCCUCUAUGUCCCAUUGAUCAGGUCCAGAUUAAGGCUGAUACAGAGUUUCUUGAGGGUGUGAAACAAAACAUUGUUUGCUCUGUUACAUACAUGUGUGCCAAAGACCGACCUCAAAUUAUUUGGAAAGGUGAAGAGUUACCUGGCAGCACGUUUCAAGUGACAAAGGAAGGAAUAAAACAGAUUGCUAAAUCCACAUUAAAGUUCACACCAAAAGCUAGUGAUAAUGGCAAGACCAUCACCUGCCAAGCAGAUUUUAAAGGAAAUGUUCAAACAGAGGAAAUCAAUUUAAGUGUUCAAAGGUCAAUGGGCUCACUUGACUGGAGUUUCACAAUGCCCAGCACAAUUAAUGGCAUCCGAGGUUCUUGUGUGGUCAUUCCAUGCAAUUAUGAAUUCAAAAAUGUCCAGCAUAGCAAGACCAACGUAAAAUGGUAUAAACUCUCCAAUACAGGCUACUCUCUGGUGUAUGACCAACCAACACACAAUAUCCUUCAACAGUUCAAAGGAAAGACAAGUUUAUUUGGCUCCUCAAAUGACAAAAACUGCAGCUUGAAGAUUCAGCCACUUGAUAUGCAGCAUAGUCAGGAAAGGCUGUUUCCUUGGAUGGACCCAAAACCUAUUGAAUCAUACCACAGCAAAAAUUUUGAUCAUGUAACUAUUGCCCUUGAGGUGACAGAUAUUGCAGAGAUACCACAGGCAGAUAUUCUAGGCACAGAAAAAGUUGGUGAGCCAAUAACCUUGUCCUGCAGUGUGAUACACACCUGUCCUCCAACACCCCCAAAACUGAGCUUGAGUAUUUCACGUGGCACUCCAAGCUUAAUACACACACCACUUCAUGAUGGGAAAUGGAAGGAAACCAUAAAAAUGACAUGGACCCUUGAGGAAAAUGAUAAGUCUGUGACUUGCACAGUGAGUUACGCAGGUGGACAGUCAACAAAGACUGAAAUCAGUCUUAAUCCUUUGUGUGAAUUUCAAAAACCUGUAAUAAGUCCAGCUCAAGAAGAGGUUAUGGAAGGAAUCGAGAAGAGCUUUACUUGUACUGUGAACCACACAUGUCAAAAAGAAAAACCAAACAUAAUCUGGAAUUACCAAAACAUGCCAGUUUCUGUUGAAACUCGUAAGGUUUCCUCCCACAGUUGGCAAACGGUUUCAACUUUAAAACUGAAAGCAUCAAGGGAUGACCAUGGAAAAACAUUAACAUGUACAGCUCAAACUACAAAGGGAGAUAUUUCAGAUCAUGUGACUUUAAAAGUAAAAAGGGGGAUGUUUUCUUUGGACUGGACAUAUUCAAUGCCAAGUAAGAUCACAGGCCUUCGGGGCUCCUGCCUGGUCAUUCCCUGCAGCUUUGAAUUCAAAACAGAAAAACAUAGCAAUGUUGAGGUGAAAUGGUACCUAUACUCCUCAACAACAUACCCUUUAGUGUAUGGCCCAGAUAAUGAGAAUGUCUUGGGCAAAUUCUUUGACAAGACAAGGCUAUAUGGAUUGCCUAGUGAGAAAAGCUGCAGUUUAGAAAUCACUCAGCUUGAAAAGUACCACAAUGGGGAUAGACUGUAUCCCUGGAUGGAUCCAAAAUCAGUUGAGACUUUUCACAAGGAAAAUUACUAUGACAAAUCUAUUGAACUCCAAGUCACAGACCAAGCUGAUAAACCAAAACUGAAUAUUAUUGGCAUACCAAGAGUGGGAGAGCAAGUCACAGUGUCCUGUAGUGUCCUGUAUACUUGUCCACCCAAUCCUCCAAGUCUUUCUGUGGGGAAAGCACUUGAGACUGACAUUACUGAACACACACCAGUACAGGAUGGCUUUUGGAAGAUCACCAGAGAUCACACGUUUAUAAUUAAGGAAGAGGAGCCAACCGUUACAUGUAAAGCCACAUUCCAUGGAGGACAAACAUCCGAAGCACAAGUUGAUCUCAAAGCUCAGUGUACCUAUAAGGAUAUAACCAUUGACCCUGAGGUGGCUGAUCUUGUAGAGGGUGUUGGAAAGAAUUUCACCUGCACAGUUUUCCAUUCUUGCAAGGGUCAGCCUCCAGCUUUUACUUGGAACUACAAAGAUGUACCAGAGACUGUGGGGACUAAAAAAGGCCCUUCAUUAACCUGGGCCACCUACUCUAAUAUAUUAUAUAUAGCUUCACUGGAGGAUGAUGGCAAGAAACUGACUUGUACUGCAACAUUUCCCGGUGGAGAGAUCACAAAUUCCAUUGUUUUACAGGUUCAAAGAUAUGUGCCCAAAGUGGUGGAUCCCUUUGAGAAUGACACUCUCCACGUUUUCGAGGCAAAUGUGGUACCCAAGAUCACUGCUUUGAUCCGCUCCUGUGUGGUAAUACCCUGCACUUUCCAGACUGGGAACAUGCAUGUUAUGCGCCUUCGAGGUCUGUGGUACACUAGUAAGGGUGAAUAUGUUUACCACACUGGACGGUCCAAUAUUAUGGACAACUUUAUGGGCCGCACAAAGCUUCUGGGGAAUCCAGAUGAACAGAACUGCACUUUAGAGAUUGAUAAUGUCCAAGCGCAUGAUAAUGGGCCAUUCUGUUUUCAUGCAGAAAAAGGCAAUGAUAAGUACAGGUUCAACCACAGCUGUGUCUUCAUCAUCAUGAAAGCAUCUCCUGACAAGCCUGUGAUAUCAGCACUUCCUGAUGUGAUGGAGCCAGGCAAGCGAUUCACAAUAAACUGUACUGUCACACAUACAUGUUCCUCACAUCCGCCAACAAUCUCAUGGAAUGUUCAGGCUGCCAGACAAGUGAUGAGCCAUGUGGAGAGAAGUGUGGGAAAAUGGGAAACAACCUCUACAAUUACUUUCAUCCCAACUGGCUAUGAAGAAGAAGAGAAUCUCAUUUGUCGAGCCUCUUUCUGGAAAGGAAAAAAAGAAGAAAGCUCAACCUUAUUAAGCGUGAAACGAUAUGAAGGACUGGGUAUGGACACCGUGGGACUUUAUAUAAUUCUGCCUUUGUUUUCAUUUUUGCUUCUGUCUAUUAUUGGAAUUAUCAUUUAUAGGAGAAGAGUCCAAAAGAAAACUAGUGAUGAACCUACACCUGAGAGAAGAAGAUCAGUUUGGAGUCACAUAUCCAGGAGAUAUGAUGGCGCUGCAAAUUGGUUAAACUCUCUUGCAGAAACCAGCUCACCUCCAAGGCCUCCAAAACCAGAAAAAAGGCGUAGCGUCUGGAGCAGGUUUUCCAGGAGAGGUCCAGUGGCCAGUACAGAUCUGACAGUGCAGUACCAUAGUGGCAGAACAAGUAAUGUCAGUGCAUCAGCGACAUCUGCAGGAUAUUCUAAACCGCGCUGUUCAUCACCAAAGAGUGAGCCUAAACCCUACAAAUCAGGAGUUGGCCACUUAGCAGAUUAUGAUGAUGAUUACACCAACACCGCAGACUUCAAAAUGUAUCGAAAAAUGUAAUGUAAAAGUCUACGUAAAAGUACUGUUACUGUUUUUAUUUUCUAUAAAGCUUGGCUGAUUUGAUUCUUAUGCAGUUUUUCAUUAUGUUUUUAGAAUAGUCUAAUAAAAACAAAAAAAAUAAGAAGUGGUUAUUAUAGCAGGUGUUUUGCCAGAUAAAAUUGCAGUGCAUCGAAAAGUGUAAUGACAGAACACAGAGUCUAUGUACUGUUACUGUUUUUUUGCUGUAUUUCUCUAAGGCUUGGCUAAUUUGAAUCUUAUGUGUUUUUAUAAUUAUGUUGUUUGUGCACAAUACUACAGAAGUGCUUAUUGUAGUAGUUGUUUUGUAAUGGCAGAUAAAAUAGUGAAAUAUUAAAAAACAAUUGUGCUACCUGAAAAUGUAAAAUGUUUUUGUUCUUCAUUUUUUUGUUCUUCAACAUUAAGAAUGUUCUUCAGUUUAUUUUCAGAUAUAUGUAUGUGUGUCUGCAAUAUAUUAUAUACAUAUACACCCAUUUAUAGCAUAUUGCCUCUGCCUUCUUUUUGUAUCAUGUGGAAUGAGAUAUGUACUGAAUAAAGACUGGAAAAUUA